CGUGCUUUCUGAUUGGCUGACACAAGAAGUUGGCCCCUCCCCGCGCGGAAAUUUGAAAACACGUCUGUGCCACUUCAGGAAGGGAAACCGGCAAGAGGAGAGAGAAAAUCACAAACAUGGCUCCCAGGAAAAAGACCAACAAACAAGCGAAGAAGAACCCAAAGACGGAAAAGCUCGAAGCUUUUUUGGAGGAUUUUGACAGCGAGGUGAAGACCAGAGUGGAACAUCUUAAAGAGCAAAUGUACCAGCUGCUAAAAGAUGUUGACAACAGCUACAACAUGGCAAUUAUUACGCUCCCCUUGGCCGUAAGGCAAAUGUCCUGGUUGGAGAAUUGCAAGUCUGAGAAACUAAAGUCACCACAAAAGGAUGAAGCAAAGAGAGAAGAGGGAGCUACUGCUGCUGAAGGUGUUGUGGCUGCAGCUCUUCUGAAAACAGCUAAAACGUCAAAGAAGAACGUCGAGGCCAAAUCUGGUUCAGAAGAUGAAACCACCUCGAGCGCAACUAGCAGGGGGAAAAUUACCAAAAAGCCUCCCUCGAAAAGAGCAAAGGCGCUGGCAGCAGGCAAGCAGAGCACCGCCAGGAGACGAUCAUCCAGGAAGCCCCUGAUCACUCCUGCUAGAAGCAUGUUGGAGUCUUCUCUGAUGAUGGGACGAACUCCUCUUGUCACCCCGCGCUUUGAUCCAAGGCUUCCUCAGACCCCCGCCGUGAGAGUUCCCCGCCACAAAGAGAGGGUCUACAGCAUCUCAGUCAACGGCUCUCCCAUCGCGGCGGGAAACGAGGAUAUCGUCAUCAACGUUCCCAUCAGCAACGGAGAGAGCAUUCAGCUCCUGGCCAGUCAGAUGGACUCGGUGGACCUGUCUCUGCUGGAUGAAACCGCCCUGAAGAGCAUUCGGCUGCUGCAGAAUCGCCUCGCUACGUUGUGCGGCACAGCCGAGUGAACUGAGUUCAAUGCAUUUAGAAGAAAAAAAAGUUAAAGCUUGUGAUAGGGUAUUUAUUUUUUAUUAUUUUUUUAUUAUUGGGGGGGAGUUUUUAUAUCAUGCUGUAUCUUUUGAGUAGUGUGUCUUUUUUACAGUCAGGUCUGGAAAUGAUUGGACAGUGUUAAAUAACAUGAAUUGUGUCCAGAUAUGAAAUUGUAGUAUUUUUAAAACUGUAAUUUUGCUACUUUUACUUGAUCACAACUGUUUGGUUGCUUGGGAUGGUUUUGCAGGAAGCCCUCACCUCAUAGUAGCAAGUCAAAUUUGUACAAUCAGGGCUUAAAAGACGCCACUUUCAUCUCCCUCCACGUCAGCGAACCGUUCUGUGUGGUUAUGAGGGGAGGAGAGGACGUGAGCGAUUCAGCGGGUGUUUCCAUUAAAUGAAGAGAAUGCAGAUGAACCCGUAUUUUAACUCUGAAUUGCACAGUUUCUACUUUAAGCUGAGACGUUUUAACUUUAUUUAUGUGUUCAGUUUUUCUUUGUAUGACACGUAUAGAUAAAACUGCCUUGUUUCUCUCUUUAUUAGUGUUUGGUCAGUAUUGAUUGUGAGCUGGACUCCACCCAGUUGAUCACAACUGUCAGAUAUAAACUACUGAUGUCAUUCUUUUAUUAUUCUUUUUACACAUUUGUAACAUUAAGCACCUUAUUUCACCUUUUCAUUUUUUAUGGAUAUAUUCUUUUUUUUUUUUUGCAUAUUGACUUAAAACCAAAACUUUUUUUUUUAAGUAGUGGUGUCAGAUGUUUAAAGCAUCGAUUUUAGUUGUGUCAAGCCAGAUGUAACAUGACACAAUUCUGGUCUGAAUACUGAUAAACUGAUUUGCCAACACCUCUAA